GGACCAGGAAGCAGAGGACAGGAAGGAGAACAAGGCCCGUGAACGUUGUACGUUCUAGAAGGAGACACCCCUUCUCCCUUCUUGGGCUUGGUGUGGGUGCAGGUGACAUCUGAGCUGAAGAAAUGACCCCAAGAGUGUUGGCAGUGUGGCUGCCUUCAGCUCUGCUCCUCUUGCAGGUCCCAGGCUGUGUCCCUCUGCGUGGCCCCAGCACUGUGACAGGUGCUGUGGGGGAAUCCCUGAGUGUGCGGUGUCAGUAUGAGGAGAAAUACAAGAGCAAUGCCAAAUACUGGUGCAGACGCUCACUGCUAUCAUGUAAACAGAUUGCCAAGAUCAGAGGCUCAAAAGAAGUUAGGAGUGGCCGAGUGGCCAUCAGGGACCAUCCAGCCACCCUCACCUUCACAGUGACCUUGGAGAACCUCACCCUGGAGGAUGCAGGCACUUACAAGUGUGGAGUGGAUAUACCAUUUAUCAAUGGCUCCUUAGGGAUUGAUGGUUCCUUGUGGGAUAUUGAUCCCUCAAUGGGGAUUGAUAACUCCUUCAAGAUUGUGGUGUCCGUGGUCCCAGGCUCUGUCCCUGAGGACAGAAGGAACACCCUGGGGUCUCCCACAUCCUCACCAGUGCACACUCAGCCCAGUGUGACCACAGAGGACACAACUCCUGGUCCCAGCCUACAGCCUCGAUCCCUGAUGAGCAGCAUCUACUUUCAGAUCCUGGUCUUCCUGGAGCUGCCCCUGCUUUUGAGCAUGCUCAGUGCGGUCCUCUGGGUGAACAGACCUCAGAGGUGCUCUUUGGAGAAGCGGCAUCGCCACGAUUAGAGAAACAGUGAUGUCUGUUGACAACGAAGUCCUGUCCAUGUCCCCGCACACAGCACCCCUGGUGUCAGAGGACAGUCUGUGCUUCUGAGAAUAAUAGGGGACUUCAGCCAAUCACAUUCUGUUCGUGGGGCGUGUCGCCCUUAGGCUAAAGUUUACCUAUAAACCUGGCCAGUGUGCUUCCCCUAGCUCUCUCGCCUGGCU